GUCAUAAAUUGUCAAGUAAUCCAUAUUUAACAAUUGGGUCUUUUUCUCUCCAUCUUCAUUCGCCCUUUUUCCUUCCUCCAACUUUGAGGAUUUUCGUGUUUAUUUAUAAAACUUUUUUUUUUCCAGAAAAUCGAAUUCCAGAACUCACUGUUUCUUAGGUAAAUCAAUUCAAUGGUUGUCUUUUAUUCUUUCAAAUUCCAGAUUUAGUUCUUCGUUUUUACUCAAAUUUAUAUAUUUCAGAUUUAGGGUUCAGUUAAUUUUUAGUAUGCAAGGAUCGCAAAAAUCAAAAAGGGUUUCUUGGGCUUCUGAUGGGAAUCUUUGUCAGGUUAGACUGUUUCUCUCGGAAGAAUCUCCCUCACAAGUUGGGGCAGGUGCACAAGAUCACCUUCAAGUAAAGAAAAUUGUAUCAGGCUUGCCUGUAAAUGGAUUAGUGACAGAUGACAACCUUCCACCUGGAUUUGAAGGUUUCAGUCCUGCUAAUCAAUUGAAGAACAGGUUAGCCCAGAUUCCUGUUGUCAAAUGGCGGUCCCCUCCAAAAUUUACUUUGGGGGUUGAGUGGCAAGUAGUAAGUGGGGAGGAGAGUAAAGAGGUGGAGAUCCAAAGUCAAAGAGAAUUAAGAGUGCUUGAAGCGUAUUAUCCACGCCAAUCUGCAAUUCCUCCAAACCCUGCUUCUGCGCCAGAUAUAGAGUGUGCUGGACAGGAUGACCAAACAUUGCCUUCAGUUCCCAUUACUCCUAUUGAAGAAGAAGAUCUGUCAGAUCCCUCUUCUGAUUCUGUUGCUUCUGCUUGUGCUACUACUAGCUCAUACAUGUUGGCGGCCCAAGGGACGUCUUCAUCUCAUGGUGUGUCCCAUAAUAUCAACAGUGGGACAUUGGCUGCUGGAGUAGCAACUUCUGGUCAAGAAGAUGUGUUAAAAGCUGCUCUUGCUGCUGUCGCGAAGGGCAAUGAGCAGAUUGACCACAACCUGCUUGUAAAAAUUCUCAGUAAUCCGACUAUUUUAGAACAGUUAGUUAGGCAUCAAGGUCCAGGCACGGGACUUCAAUCUGUUUUGCCAAAGCCAAUGGAAGGCCCACAUACUAUUUCUAGUCCCUUAUCUCCUGGAGCUCCCAUGUACAGGAUGGAUACACCACCUCCUCCGGCUCCUCAAUAUACCAAUAUGGAAACAGGACUAUCCUCGUCUGCAAUGAUGUCAAAUGGGUUUAUGUACCCGUAUACAAAUGGCACAGGACCUAUGACCCAUCAGCAUUCAGUCCCACCGCUGCCUGGAGUCGCCCUCCAAGCUCCCCCUGUACAAUCUGGUUCUUCCUCUCAAGUGAAGGACCUCAACUACUAUAAGAACUUGAUUCAGCAACAUGGAGGGGAAAGGCAAGCUGACCCUCAACCACCGUAUUCAACGAAUCCCAUUCAUCAUACAGGUGUAGAUCAAGAUGUAGAUAAUUCAAAACCAAGAGAUGCCAAACAUAAAAGCAUGAAGCCUUGUGUGUAUUUCAAUGGUGCAAAGGGUUGUAAACAUGGAGCAAAUUGUAUGUAUCAGCAUGACAUGUCGCUCCAGCAACGGGUUAGUAGUAUUUCAGAAAUGCAGAGUGCAAAGAGAAUGAAGAUGGAUAGAGAGAUUAGAGGACCACAAUCGUAUAGUUGAUUUGAAGACUAAUUCUUGACGUUCCAAGAUAAAUUACGAGGUCUGGGUUCGUAUUUAUGAAUCUUCAUAAGUUUUGGGCCAAAUUCUUGCUUGUGUGCCUCUUCUCCGAAUUGCAACUCUUGGGCACAGUCGGAUGGAAGCUCGGGUUUUCAAAGAUCAGGGGUAUAUUGUCUCAAAUCCUGCAGAUGGCUUUGCCCUUGUGUGUAUACGAAAUUUAAUCCAAGAGGAGAGAGUUUUCAGCCUCAUUUGGCCUGCUGUAUACUGUUUCGGCUUAUUUUAUCUGUUCCCAGAGGAUUUAUUUUGUUACUAAUUGAUUUCUUUUAUGCCUUUUAGCAUACCAAAUUUACAAAUAACAGUACAUGAAGGCUGGAUAGGUUCACAGGAUGCAGAUAAUUACUUACCAUGGAAUGAUUUUCUCUGAUAUCUUUGAAUCAUCAAGAUGUGAUUUUGUUCGUUUA